AUGAACUCAACACGCCUUUUUCUGCGCGUACGACCAAGCGCUACCUCAAAAACCACCACUCCCACCGCACUUCUCUCCCCAGCACACCCCCGACGAACACCAUCAACCCACUUCCAAGCAUGUUCUUACGGAACGCGCCUAACAACCGAGCACCUUCCCAAGAUCGCACAACCGUCACUCUGGACCUCGUUAAUUCCGAAGUCUUUCCGGAACCGCUCCCCAUCCACAUCACCAGCGUCAUCUCCGAAAACAAAAGAAUGGAAUCCAGCGUCCUUCUAUAUCAUCAUCUUCAUCCUGAUCGGCUCGCAAGCAAUCCGGAUGAUUGCACUCAAGAACGAAUACAAUUCCUAUUUGCGCAGCACAGAUGCGAAGAUUAGGCUUUUGAAAGAGGUCAUUGGGAAGAUACAGCGGGGAGAGGAGGUGGACGUUGAAAAGAUGUUGGGAACUGGCGAUGCGAGGGUUGAGCGGGAGUGGGAUGAGGUUUUGAAAGAAAUUGAACGCGAAGACUCGCUAUGGCAUCAGAAGCAAAAGCGGGCAGCGGAAGAUAAAGCGAAAGAAGAAGCGCGGCAAAGGACAGCCAGACGAAACGAAAGGCCAGCUUCUUUUAGCCAGCUAUUCCCGGCAUCCUCGCAGACAUGUUCGCCACCAGAGCAAAGAGACUGCGGUGGAAUGGGGACGGCCAUGGCUCGCGCCGAUAGAAAGUUAGCGGAAUGGGACUCAUCGGCGCAAUCAUCACUGCGUUAA